CAGGUGUGUGGAAGGGGUUAUUGGGGUAUUUGGGGAGAAACUGGACCGGAGAACAGGUGAUUCUGGGUGAUGAUUCGAACGCUGAAAGCAGAGUUUAGUGAAGAAUUGCCGUAAUAAUAGAGACUCCAUAGAUUUGUUAAUAUUGAAUGAGGGAAUAGUACGUGGAAGAGGGGCGAUUGGUUUACCAGAGGGCUUUUUUUUUGUGGUUGGUGGCCCCGUUAGAGGGUUUCACUCGGUGGUGGCAUCUCACCCCACAGUAUAACGAGCCUCCUUGAAUCGCACGUCAAUCACACACCGGCAAUCCCCUCCGAGAUAAAAACGGCUCGAUAUUAAAUAAGAUAAAGAUAUAAAAUCAUUAGUGCAGUGACAAAUAGCAAUAGUGAUUAAUCGAUAAAGUGAGGGUAAUCGGGAAUCGGUUAAAUCGUCGAUAAAUAACGAAGACACCGGUGUCAGUGGUUACCGGUGUGGUGUGGUGAUUGUGUUGAGUUAUUGGUGGUGGUGAUGCCUCGAAGAUCAUUUGAUCAGUCAUUAGGCAAGGAAGAAGGUGGCGUAUACCGGAAACGCUGACGAGACCAGUACCGGCUGGGACCGGUCCAGGCCAUGAUCGGCCCUUCAAUCCAAAGGGCACGCACCCAUCAGCGUCUGAAAAUAAUCACCGAUACAAAUCACCAUAUAUCAACGAUAUCACAUCACAAUCACAAUGAAAUAGAGCACGACUCGACCCACCAAAAAUUACGCCUAGAUGAGGAUCGAGUGGUGGAGAUUAAAUCCUCGUGUCGUACUGUUGCGAAUGAGGAGAGCCAGUGGAAAGGGACUGGGGUGUAUCAGGCCAGUGGUGGGUGCUGCCAAAAAAAUCAACCAUCUGAGAGAAGACGUGAUAGAUGUAGGAGUCAUCUAUUUCUAUUGUUUGCAACCGCCGCUGUAUUUAAUGCACUUGCCCUCUCACCAGUGAUGGGAGCGACGAGUGAUCGAAAGGACGAUGAAACGUCUAGUGCAACAUCGUUGAUAACAGCAUCAACGACAUCAGUGCCAGUGAUAUCUGGUAAAACUAGAGUAUCAAGUGAUCUCGGGGGUAGCAUUGACCUUUUGGCUGCCCUACAACUGCACAAUACAACACGUCAGGGUGUUACGCAGGUACCAGGACUAGUCAGGCUCAAACCUGCGUAUUAUCUCCAGGGUGAGGAGAGAGAUCUUCAGUUAAGUCAGACGAGCUUUGAGCGUGCAGCAUCACUACUUCGGCGGGUUCCGGAGUUCACUGUAGCUGCAGCACUGCGACAAGAGGAAGCUAAUUCCGGUACAAUCGUAGCCUUCUCCCAUGGUAAUAAUAGGUAUUUGGAGCUGCAGAGCAGCGGCCGAAAAGACGAGCUCCGUCUUCAUUACGUAUCCCGACGUGACGGUACAGUUCACGUCGAGUCAUUUCCAUUUCGUCUUGCUGACGGUGCGUGGCACAGGGUUGCCCUCAGUAUCAGUGGCUCGCAGGUCGAGCUACUCGUCGAUUGUCAUCCACUUUACAGACGUCUACUCAGACCUGGACCACCAGACACUAAUUUUACUCUGCCACAACUUCAGCUCUGGGUUGGCCAGAGAAAUGCCAAGCAUUUUCUAUUCAAGGGUGCACUCCAAGACGUCAAGCUAAUUCCAGGCGCCCAUGGAUAUCUCUCGCAGUGCCCCCAGCUCGACACUUCCUGUCCAACCUGCGGACAGUUCUCAAUUCUUCAGAAUACUGUUGAACAACUCAUGCACAAUUUAAACGAAUUGACUCGUAGGCUAGCUGCUGCAGAGGGUAGAAUAAGCAAAGUCGAGGAGUGUGAGUGCCAAAAAUCGUGCAGAGAGAAUGGUACGGUGCAUGAUGAUGGGGCCACAUGGGAAAAAGGCUGUCAAUUGUGUUCUUGCGUUCAUGGGGAGAUUGAGUGCAGACCAAUACCCUGUGCUCCAGUCACAUGCAAACAUCCGGUUAAAGCUGAGGGGCAGUGUUGUCCGGUUUGUCUCAAACAAUGCUACACCCACGGUGUCAUUCUUGAUCAUGGGGAGAAGCUGUCACCGAAACAAUGCCUCGAAUGCGUGUGUAUCGACGGGGCCUCCAAGUGCCUCCAGACCAGGGCAAAAUGUCCACCAUUACCUUGUUCACCCAGUGAGCAAAUCAGUGUGGCUGACGAGUGCUGCAAAUUCUGUCCAGGGGUCGACUAUUGCGCUAAGGGCCACAAAUGUCAUACAAAUGCCUCUUGCCUGAAUCUCCAGACGACCUACGCCUGCCACUGCAAUCUCGGCUUCCAAGGGGACGGCCAAAACUGUCAUGAUGUUGAUGAAUGCAAACAGCAGGGAGGCUCUGAGGGCCAUCACUGCAAUGCUAAUACCCAAUGUGUUAACGUCGUUGGAUCGUACACGUGUGAGUGUCUUCCUGGGUAUCACAGGGUGGACAAAUUCAACUGCGCUGAGUUGGACGAAUGCGCUACUGGGCAGCACUCAUGCUCAGAGCAUGCUACAUGUGUCAAUACUGCUGGAAGUUACUACUGCGUUUGUAAGGAGGGAUACACAGGGGAUGGAUACACUUGCAAACCUGUGUGCAAUGAGACCUGUCAAAAUGGGGGUGAGUGCAUAGCGCCUGGCAGAUGCUCCUGUCGUCGUGGAUACAUUGGCAACAGCUGUGAGCUAGAUCUGGACGAGUGUGCCAGUGAUCUUCACAGAUGUCACCAUUCAUCGACGUGCUACAACAUGCCAGGAUGGUACUACUGUCGUUGCAAACCCGGAUACAGGAGUGCAUUGCACGACAGCAGCCAGGGCACCCAGUGCCUGGACAUUGACGAAUGCAAUGAUCAGACUCUGGAGAGGAGACACACCUGUCAUCCAACUGCCAGAUGCAUCAAUACGGAUGGGGGAUACGAGUGCGCUUGUCCCAAUGAAGAUCCCAUUCAAGAGUGCAGACUCAGCUGCUGGUUCGAGGAUAGGGAAGUACCCAAUGGAGAUACCCUUGCUCCUACUGGCAAUCCCUGCAGGCAGUGCACAUGCAAAGAUGGUGUCAUCAGUUGUAGAGAUCCCAUUUGUGACUGCAGUUUACCCACCAGCAGAAGGGACAAAUGCUGUCCGCAGUGUGAUCCUGCUGCAUCAUGCAGACAUCAGGAGCUUCAUCAUCUUAUUUUUAGAAGCGGGGAGAGAUGGAUUUAUCAGUGUCAAACGUGCGAGUGCCUGUAUGGAGAGAUAGACUGUUGGCAAAUGGAAUGCCCCCCUGUGAGCUGUCCAAAUCCAGUAACCGAGGAUGGGGAUUGUUGUCCACGUUGUGAGGAUGAUCCGUGUGCACGGGAAAUUCACACGAAUAUUACCGCUAUCGCAGCGUCGAGUCAUCCACGACCCUGCAGUUAUGCUGGUAUUAUUCAUGACAGUGGCAGCUCUUGGCAGGAUCCGCAUGACAAAUGCACGACCUGCGAGUGCAAGGUGCCGUACUGCGCCCAAUUGGACGGUCAAUUAUGCUGCAGCUACGAUUAUGGCUGUGCUGGCGAUUUGGGGAAUGGGAAUCCCUCAUUCCCUCCUAGAAAGUCUGAUACUACUCUUGUGCUACAUAGCACAAACACUCCGAGCGCGUAUAUCGGUGCAUCGAAAACAGCAGUAUCAACGAUCGUACCAAUCGACGAUAAUAACCAGCGAUUAUCAACGAGAGGCAUUAGAGCCAGUGAUAACUCACAAACACCAACGAGAAUCAUCAAAUCAACAGAUACACCAUCAACAGCAUCACCAAAGACAUUCAAAUCAUCCGAGAAAUACAACGAUCAGUCAAUUGGAAUCGGUAAAUUACGUGGUAUCACCGAGAAUUUCAUUUCAUUCCCAAAGACACAGCCAUUGCGUCGCAAUUAUGUGGCCACUGCAUCGAGCCAAUCACCACGGAGGAAUAAUAUUGUAAUUGGCAAACGCAGCAACAUUAAUGCUGGUAGAUCCGGUUAUAUUGCUGCAACACGACCUGUUGGUAGCAGUGAUGCUACCUGAGGUGAUGAUCAAAGCUGCUGCGUCCAAGCGCUGACGAAUUAACUAAAUACUAAUAUCGACGAAUUACGAGUUACAAACGGGUCAAGUCAUUCCACUUGGGGGGCUAGAGGCUGCAACGCAAGUGCCUCAAUGGCGAUGGGAGAGAGAAUAAUUAUUAAUAAUUAUGAAAUAUUAAUUUGUUCACGAUUUUUCCAUGACAAGGAGAAUCGUUUUCACUUUUUUCCUUCGACGUGGAAAUUUUAUUUUCCCUCUAUUCAUUCUUUAUUGUCAGUCUUUAUCUCCUUCCCUCGACCCCCUUAUUUUUUUUUUUGUAAUUUUGUAUUGUUUUGCCGGUAGAUGAAUAACGGAGAGGCAUUAUAUUAUUGUAGAGGACAAUGUGUCGUGCGAUGGUUGUAAUCCAGUUUUCACGGGGAAGGGAAUUAUCACUGGGUGACCAUUUAAUUACUGGAUGAUUCGUCAUUUUAUAGGGAACACAAUUUGUCGUAUGAUUCGUAAGCUCAGAGUUGAAUUUAUUUAGGGAUUUUUAGAGCAAUAGUGGUGGAUUGAGUGCACGAUUUAUCAUGUGUAAUCGAGGAUUUUUCUCAUGUUUGUAAUUGCAUACAACGAUGAAUAGUGCUUGAACCGAUUGUCCCAGGAAUUGAUGAGGGGGUGAAAUUUUUCUUUCUUUUUCAGAGGAAAAUACUAGUUGGAAUAUGAAUUUUUUGUCCCGCCCGAUGAACGCGCUGGACUCGCUCGAUCGGUUUUUUCCUCGGUCAUUCAUCCUGGAGUUCCCCGCUCAACCUAAAGGAAAUUAAUUAAGGUACUUCCUCAGUUCUUGCCCAAAACGAUCGACUGCGUAAAUUCUUAUAAAGAAAUAUUGAAAAUGUCAUUUGUACAGAGUCUUAUGAGAGUUCUUUUCCAAGUGACGAAUAAUGCGCAUCAUACAGAAAUAUAUCUCUUCACUUUUAUUAUUUAGCUCUAUUCUCCUCAAUUUAGUUCUCAAAUUUUUUCUGGAACGUCUAAUUUUUAACUAAUACCGCCCCC